AUGGUUGGUAGCAUAGAUUGUAUGCAUUGGGAAUGGAAAAAUUGUCCGACUGCAUGGAAAGGACAAUUUCAAGGAAGAGGUGGUGUUGCUACUUUAGUUCUUGAAGCUGUUGCUGAUCGUGACUUAUGGAUAUGGCAUUCUUUCUUCGGGAUCCAGGGAUGUUUUAGAAGGUCGAGCACCCCCGUGCAGUUUACGGUGAAUGGUAACCAAUAUGAUAAGGGUUAUUAUCUCACUGAUGGUAUAUAUCCGAAUUGGGCAACAUUCAUUCAAUCAGUUACAUGUCCUCAUACUCUCAAGGACAAGUUAUUUGCUCAACACCAAGAAGGAGCUCGAAAAGAUGUAGAGAGAGCAUUUGGGGUGCUGCAAUCUCGGUUUGCUAUUGUUCGUAAACCAUCCCUCGCAUGGGAUGAGGAAAUUCUCAAUGACAUCAUGUUGUCUUGCAUUAUCAUGCACAACAUGAUUGUGGAAGAUGAACGAGAUACAUAUGCCACUACGCAGAUACUACCGAAUUCAAUUCCAACACAAGUAAUAAUGGGGACGAAUUUGAAUAUUAUCAUGAUCGGAUCGUAG